AUGAGCGCUGCAAUUAGGUUGUUGGCCGGCAAAACGGCUGCCAUCACUGGUGGCACAACUGGUAUCGGCCGCGCCAUUACACUUGAGUACCUUCGUCAAGGCGCAAAUGUCGCCGUCAAUCAUCUUGGCCUCUCCAAAGACGAACCUCUUCGGAAGAGCUUGAUCGACGAGGCCGCGCGAUUAAGCAAGGAAGCACCGGCUGGUGCACCAACUGGCCAACUCCUUGAAUUGGCGGGGGAUGUCACAGAUCCCAAGACGGGAGAACAGCUUGUUGCACAGGCAGUCGAAAGAUGGGGUCAAUUGGACAUAUUUGUGGCCAAUGCCGGUAUCUUCAAAGCGUCCAAUUUCCUCGACAUCGAAAGGGAAACGUUCGACACAUCCUUUCGAGUCAACGUGAACGGAGCCUUCUACGCCUGCCAAGCUGCAGCUCGACAAAUGGUGGCACAGCGCAAGGGUGGUUCGAUCAUCGGCAUUUCCUCCAUCAGUGCGCUGCUCGGUGGCGGCCAGCAAGUCCAUUACACUCCUACCAAGGCAGCGCUGCUCUCCAUGAUGCAGUCCAUGGCCAUUGCGCUAGCUAAGGAUAAGAUCAGGGUCAAUGCUCUCUUGCCGGGAACGAUACAUACUCAAUUGGCGGAUAAUGAUAUGGCAAACGAGGAGAAGCGCAAAUACCUGGAGCAUCGCAUUCCUUGGGGUCGAGUGGGUAAGCCUGAGGACCUGGCCGGACCGGCUGUGUUCCUGGCGACAGAUAAGAUGAGUGGUUUUGUAACGGGAGCCCAGCUGCUAGUCGACGGUGGCAUGUAUGUCCAUCUUCAAUAG